CUUAAGUAGAAAUUUGUCAUUUUCUGAAGUAACUUUGAAUGGUGCCCUUCCUGUGUUGAACUCUCUGCCACAAUGCUCGGCUGUUGAUGGUGGUUGCCUGGAAGUGGGACUCCGAAGGAGCUUCGGGACUUUUCCUCAAACUUCAGGACACCACUUUCUCCAUUCUUCAGAAACCAAUCCGUCGUUAGCGGGAGGAGUCCCACGAGCGGACCUGGGGGAUAAGCAGCAGCAUUUCCUGAGUUCGACGGAGCCAAAGAACAGUCAGAAGGUCAGAGGUCCGGUGGGGGGAUUAUCGGGGGUCUUGACCCAGGUUUACACAAAGGACAUGCUCCCGCCUCAGAAGGGCAUGGGCUGGGAGCGGAGAUCAUUCCACUGGCGGAACAUAUCACCAUGGACCACGUGUUUGAGAGUUGCGUGUUGCAGUCGCCUACGUUUUAUGUGGUUCACACUAAUGGUCCUGACUGUCGUCUGUGUGGCACUGCAGAUACUCGGUGUGGUCCGGCAGGCCAGAAGCUCCAAGGCUUUGAAUCUUGUGAGCGAGCAGUUGGACCGAAUGCCUGCAGAGAUCCAGAGGCCCAUGAAGCAGACAGAAUGGGAUAACCUUUGGUAUGCUUCAGUAGCCGUUGAUAAGGACCCAAUAGGCCAACAUGCCUUCGUACAAAGAAACGUCAUAGAGGGAAAAGGUCAAGUCUUAAAGUCUGCAAGAAAAAAGUUGGACACAUCUUCACCCAGGCGUCUUGCUAGCACUCUCAAUAACAAAGAAAUAUCAAACGCAAAUCCCCCAACCACCAAAGCAGCUCCACCAAUAGAGGUAGCAAAUAAACUUGACCAAAAAGUGGUAAAUCUAUUUCCAAAUGUCCACCAGCCAAACAGGCCAGCUAACCCUGAGAGUUCCCUAAAACAUUCUGGACCAACAGAAAUGUACAAAGUACCACCCUCUGAUGAUGUUCUUUACUAUGAUGAUAAAUAUACAGUAUAUUCACAGCCUGACAGUAGUGUCAUGUGUCAACCCAAGAACCACAUUGUCUUUCUCAAGACGCACAAGACUGCCAGCAGCACCAUAUUGAACAUCCUCUAUCGAUAUGGGGACAGCCGCAACCUGACCUUUGCCUUGCCACUGAAUAUGCACAGCCAGUUAUUCUACCCAGCGUUUUUUGCUACACACUUUGUGGAGGGCAUCAGGACUUCCAGUGUAAAAGAAUAUCACAUCCUGUGCAAUCAUAUGAGAUUCAAUUCACGAGAGGUGAGAAAGUUAAUGCCCAAGAACACAUUCUACUUCUCCAUUCUUCGGAAUCCGGUGGCAAUGAUGGAAUCUAUCUUUGUUUACUACAAAGCGAUCCCAGCAUUCCGCGUAGUCAAAAACCUUGAGGAGUUCCUAAUCCAGGGUGGGCGGAGCUACAAUGCCACUGUGCUUAAUAACCACUAUGCACGGAACAUUUUGACGUUUGACUUUGGUCUGGACAGCACAGCGCCUGAGAACGAAGAAGACUUGGACAGGCGUAGCGCCGAGAUCAUUGCUGCCGUGGAACGCGACUUUCAGCUGAUCCUCAUUUCAGAGUAUUUCGAUGAAUCGGUGGUGCUUCUAAAACACACCCUCUGCUGGACACUGGAUGACGUUUUGUCUUUCCGCCUCAACAGUCGCAGCGAGCGCUCUCGGCGGCCACUGAGCCCAGAAACAGAAGAGCAGAUAAAAGUGUGGAAUUCGCUAGACUGGCGACUGUACCAACACUUUAAUGCUACUUUCUGGAAACGCAUAGAUGCCAUACUUGGUCGGACUGAGCUUCAACGGGAAGUAGAACUUCUGAAGGCUGGGAGGAGGAAGCUUGAGGAAACGUGUCUUAUAGGAGGUGGGGCUGUAGAUCCUGCACAUAUCCAUGAUUCAUCAUUAAAACCAUUUCAGUAUGGUGCAGCAGUUAUUCAAGGUUAUAACCUCCGUUUGGGGCUAAACAAUGAGACUCGUCAGCUUUGUCAGAGACUGAUUACACCUGAACUUCAGUACACAUCUUUUCUGUACACUAAACAGUUCCCUCAGCUAGCGGCUGCCCGCGCAGCUGUUGCAAAAAAGAUUGUGGCUGCUAGAAACUCUGUUAGCACAAACAGAGCUGUUAAGCACAAUAUACCAAUAGCUAUGACAAACAAUACCUCACAUAAUGCAAAUAUAGCCAUUCGGAAAACUAGAGCUAGCACUUACAGUAACAGCUAAUUGUAGUGUUUAUAAUGAGAGACACAAUGUAACGGAUCAUUUUGAUGUACACAUUAUAACAAAACAGUGUAAAAAUAAAGAAGUGGAAAUUUGCAUAAACCACACACAAGCAUACAGUACAAACCAAAAGAAUCUGCUGGAUUGAGAACUUUGAAUAGAAAUAACAAGCGGCGCAAAAAAGCAGUCUGAAAUGAACAUGUUAUAAACAAUACAUUAGUUCCAUUCAGCGCAGUUCAUAUUUAUUGGUACAAUACUUUUGAACUCCGUACAGCUGCAUUGUUAAGAGUUAUCUCCAAAGCUGAAAGUAACAGUUGGGAGGUAGAACCGGAGAUAUUGAAGACCGCUUGAGAGGGAAAACAAUUAUUCUGGAAAAUAAAUAAUGCAUAGGUUAGGUCAUAGUUUUGGCUCUUUUAAAUAAAGAAGUCUGAUCAUCUUGUGUGCACAUGGUGUGAGACAUAAAAAUUGAGUGUGAUUCUUUGUCUUACAAGACUUAUUUCCCUUGCACUUUAUAUUCUGAUGUGAACUGAACUGCAUUUCUUCCCCCUCUAAACCAGAAGAGGUUUGUUGUGUCUGUUCAGCUUGUUUUGGAAGAUGCAAACCUGUCUGUACCACACCCGCUAAAUAUGGUUUCGAUUUAGUCAGAAGGUUGUAUAAUAAAGACAAAGUAUUGUUGGCUGGGUGAUUGACCUUCACAAAUGUAUAGAUGUUACAAUUUUGAGAAUAUCCUUCAGACAAUUUGUAAAUCUAUAUUAGAUAUUUAUUUUGUUCUGUUGGACCGUGUGACUGUCAAACAGAAUUGCUGUUAAAUAUAUGAAAUUGCAGAAAGGGGGAAAUAUACAACACUUUGGCAAGUUCAUAUAAGUCAGAGUUGAAUGUAAAAUGCAUUUAUGGAGCUCUCAAUUUACUGUGCCAUUUGAGACAUUUCUUCUUAAUCAGAAAUAUCUUAAAAACCCUAAUUAAUGUAAACAUGCUGUGUCUUAUGAUGGGUUUAAUAAAAUGUCUUGUAUCAUUGUUAAGACCCAAAACCAGCCUAGACAUCUGAUGCAUCUUUGAGGCCAGCUUAAAGGGAUAGUUCACCCAAAAUUAAAAUUCCCUCAUUUCCUUACCCUCAUGCUGUCCCAGAUGUGUAAGACUUACUUUCUUCUGCAGAAUACAAACUAAGACUUUAGAAGUAUAUCUCUGCUCUGUAGGUCCUCACAGUGCAACUGAAUGGGUACAAAAAUGUUGAAGCUCGUAAAGCACGUAAGGAUGCAUAAAAGCAGUCGAUAAGACUCCAAUGGUUAAAUCCAUAUCUUCAGAAGCUAUAUGAUAGGUGUGGUGAGAAACACCAAUGCUUAAGACCUUUAUUACUAUAAAUUCUCCAAACUGCUCAGUAGGUGGCGAUAUGCAUGAAGAAUGCAAAUCGGCAAAAACAACAGAAGAAGAAUGUGAAUGAGGUUUAUAGUUCAAAAAGAAGUUAAAUAUUGAUCUCUGUUUCUAACACACACUUAUCAAAUUGCUUCUUAAUCUGUGGAUUAAAACAUGAGUCACAUGGAUUACUUUAAAGCUGCCUUUUAUGUGCUUUUUUGACCUUAGAUUUUGGUUCCCCUGUCUCUUGCAUUAUAUGGACCUACAGAGCUAUAAAAUUCUUCUAAAAGUCUUUUUGUUCAGCAGACGAACAAAAGUCAUACAUGAACAAAAGUCAUACACAUCUUGGAUGACAUGAGGGUAGGUAAAUAAUUAGAUUAUUCUUUUGGGUGAACUAUUCCUCCAAAGAAGAAAGCAGACUGACACUAAGGGUUAAUACUUGUUAUACUCAUCUUACUAUGAAAGAUCCAGACAUGGGCCAUCACUCUUCCAGAAAGAUCAUCUUAACCAAAGUCUGAGCUUUACAAUUCAAAACUGGCUGUGAUGUGCAAUUAUUGUAAUUUUCUGAAAGCUAUAUCACAAACACCAAACCAAAAACAAGUAGUUAAGCAAUAUUCUGUGCUCUCAGGAUAAGCCUGAGGGCAAAUGUGAAAUCAAAAAUUUUUUAUUUGAUCAGAAAUUCAGCAAGCAGCCCAAGCAAUAUGUAGGGCCUAUAUAUUUUUCAUGAACACAAUUUAGGCAGAAUUUAAGCCUUAUUUACCAUUUACUUUCAUUGGAUCUUUUUCCUACAAUAAAAGUGAAUUGUGACUGAGGCUUAAAUUCUGCCUUCCAUAUUAUCAUCUACUUUUAUUUGUACUGAUCUAUCAUUUAGGGGAAUUACAACACCAAAUGAGAAAGACUAUACUGUAUAAAAAAAAAUAAUUGAAAUAAAAUUGUCUUCACAGUCCAGACUGCCUAGUUAAAGCCUGCUUCAUGCCCAAAGUUCACAGAUUUUGUAGUGGAAUGAGUUAUGCCACAGAUAAGUAUUCAAACCCACAAUAUUGUGUAAUGAUUUGCCAAGGGAGAGCAGUAUGUGUUUUUUCCAAUCGUAGCUUGUUAACAUGUUAAUCAUGAGUUAUUUUAGGAUUUUAGGAUGAAGAUUUGACCAGAUCACCUGUAACCAAACAGAUUACACCCAGAGUGCGAAUUACCCCACCAUAAUUGGGGGGUACUGCUCCUUCACUUCUUCUAUGACCAUCAUGGUCCACUACCAUAUCAAUCCCCACCGUGAUCGCCAAGUGCAACAUGUGUUGUGCAACACACAUACAAGGUCUAAACAUGCGACAAACUGAUAAUCAGUAGGCUACAGAAUAUCUCAUUGUUAUUAUAUAUCCAAAAGAGAACUGUUUUGAUCAACUCCCAAAAGUUAGAAGUUAAGUGCACUGAAAUACCAUUCUAAUUACUAGUAAAAGUAAUACCUUUACAAGAAGCCUAUUGCCUAUUUCAUGAAAUAUUGAUUUGGUUUAGUUUUAGAUUUCAUAAGACCUGGAGGUAAGACUCAACCCUCUCAUAUACUGUGUAAACAGAAACCAAUUUUCCAUUAUAGUCUAUGGUAGUCAGUGUCAAAUCAACACAAUUACUUGAAGAUAUGUGAAACCUGAGCCAUCUUUAAUGUGAUUAAGGAGCAUACUAUGAAAAACCAUACUACCACAGAAGAACUACAUAGCGGUAACACACAAGAAUCCGAUAACCUGUUAAUGUCAGAACAAGAUGGGUAUCAUCAACACUACAGUAUCCUACAAAUGAGUCACAUAUACACACAUGCACAAACACAGAUACACUACUUCCAGACAUUGUAUUUACAUUAUAUAGCACUAUAUUUCUAGACCUGUCCAAAUCUGACAUAAGUAUGUUAUGUAUGAGUAUGUGUAAAAGGUGUAUAUUGUAUUGUAUAUGUAUUAUGCUUGAAGUGCACUGAAAACUGAAAUAGUAAAUGGCUAUGUAGUCCAACAAACACUGUUGUAAUAUAUGCAGCAAAUCAGGCUUGUUUUAAAAUACUGACCACAGAGGUCGGGGUUUUGCUUCUUUUGCCUUCCUCCCUGGCACCCAAAAUUGCGAUAAUCAAACACGGUUUUAAUGAUAAUUAAAUUUGAAACGAUAAUACUAACCGUCAGUACAUUUUAUAGUGGUUUAUAGUGAAACCGGUAAUCGUCCCAUCCCUACAGGUAAGUAGCCGGUAAUUCAAUGUAUGAAGACGUGACAUGAGCUAUGAAAGAACAAAACACGUUAAUAAAUGAAGGUUGUAAAAUCAACAAGCUAGACGUCAGCUAGCAACUUACAAUUAUCCAUGCAUGUCAGCAGCAAACCGUUCUCUAUCUCCAUUACUUCUAGCCACCACGGUGGUUAAAAAUGGUACGGUCCACAAUAGGGGUGUCUGAAAUCGCUUUACAUUAAAAUGUUCCUACAGUGAAAAUAGGAGUUGACUUGUAUUGUAACCAUAAAUAUAUUUUUUCACAAUAUCAGAAAAAUUAUCUGACCCCCCCAAAACUGAUAUUUCUGUCCCUUUGGGGGGUACUGGGUCUUCAU